AGCGCCUUUUAAACAGUAUGUACAUCCUCAGGGAGGAAAAAUAUGUGAGACUUUUUUGUUUCUCUGAUGGUGUUCAUGAGGGUCUAUCCCACAGGAGUGAGUGGAUGGGCCUGAGAGGAACACCACCAAACAUGCUCAGGCCCCACUUUGUCCCUCCCUGUUUGUGUUCUAGAGUGCACUAUGCUUUUAAGAGCAGAGGUUUCCAAACAGAAACUCAUCAGAAAGCCCACCUGGCCUGGAGGAACCAUUCCAGAAGGCUUAAACACUGAGAAUUCUUCAGUCAACCUAGUUACCACCUCUUGAGGGGGUGGAUUUACUACACUAAUUGUCACUUUAGGAAGCAGAAGCAAGGAAGCAUGUCUGGGAAACCCAAACUUACCUACUUCAAUGGAAGAGGACGCAUGGAAUCAAUACGGUGGCUGUUGGCAGCAGCUGGGGUGGAGUUUGAAGAAGAAUUUUUGGAAACAAGAGAACAGUAUCAAAAGUUAAUAAAAGAUGGCGUCCUGCUGUUUGACCAAGUACCAUUGGUGGAAAUUGAUGGGAUGAAGAUGGUGCAGACCAGAGCCAUUCUCAGCUACAUAGCUGCCAAGUACAACCUCUAUGGGAAGGAUCUGAAAGAGAGAGCAUUAAUUGACAUGUAUGUGGAAGGAACAGCUGAUCUCAUGGGAAUGAUCAUUACCUUUGCUUUCACUCCACCUAAGGAGAGGAAUCUUGCCUUAAUCAUCGAGAGGGCCACAACCAGAUAUUUCCCAGUCUAUGAAAAGGUUCUGAAACAACAUGGGCAAGAGUUUCUUAUUGGCAACCGAUUCAGCUGGGCAGAUGUACAGCUGCUUGAAACCAUUUUAAUGGUAGAGGAGAAAGAGCCCACUGUGCUUUCCAAGUUCCCUGUGUUACAGGCUUUUAAAGCAAGAAUAAGCAACAUACCUACAAUUAAGAAAUUCCUGCAGCCUGGCAGCCAGAGGAAGCCUCCACCUGAUGACCAAUAUGUGGCGACAGUGAUUGAAGUUUUCAAAAAAGAUUAAAUGCCUGGUUCCAUUCAGAGAGGUCAUCAAAAUCUAAAAAGAACAGGCCAGUUUAGAUGACCAGCACUAUAUCAGGGGUCGGCAACGUUCGGCACACAACUCGC